AUGCCUUCAACUUCAACUCGUCCAACAAAAGCAUCAUUACUUCGUCAAUCUAAGAUCCGUCUUUCUCUUCAUUCAGCACCAUUCGCUUAUCAAAAGUCGUUAAAACAAAUAACAAAUAUGUACAGUCAUAAACAAGAACAAUUAAAUAUUUCUGAAUGUACGUUAAACGUUAAACAACAACAGCAGAAAAAAGCUGGUAGUGGUGUAAUGAAAAAUGCUGUUUUUAAACAUCGAUCUGUUCAAAAAUUGGCUGUUAUUAUGUCCGAAUCAUCACGUGAAAAUUCAACAAAAGAAAGCGAAAUGUUAAAGCAAGUUAUUGUCUCAUCAUUAACAGAAACAGUCAAAAAUUUAGAAAUUGCUGUUGAUAAUCAAGAAAAUAAACCACCAGAACAACGAAGAGCAUUGAAGCAACGAGUAAUUCCUUCUUCCAAACUAAAAGCAAUGAUCAUGGAAGAAGAAGCAUCUACAGCAUCAAUAAUCAUAAUUAAACAAUUGAAAAUUGUGAUAAUUGAACCACCAUCGACAAGUGAUAACGAUUUUAAUGACGAAUUAGAUGAAGAUGAAUAUAGGAUCAAUGGUGAAAUAUAUGUAAUGAAUUAUAUUCGCGAUAUAAUGAAUUUGCUCUAUGCACUCGAAUCGCAUUAUCAAAUUGAUAAUUCGUACUUGCAAGUAACAUCAACAAGGACAACAAUACCAUCAAAAACAUGGAAAAUGACACUAAAACAUCGAACAAUAUUGGUCGAAUGGCUAAUACAACUAUUUUAUUGUCGUUUUCAUUUAUCACAAGAUUCAUUACACGUUUGUAUGCAAUUACUAGACCGUUAUCUUCAAUAUUGUUCAUC